ACCUAUCAGCGAGGAAAUCGCUCUCGCCUCUGCUGAAGCUGGCUGACCGGGUCAAGAGGCAGCGGCGGCUCUGAGACUCCAGGCCCGGGGCUCUUGCUCCCUUUCGUUUCCCUCCCCGCCGGGUCGGCUCUUCCCCGCCCGGCGAGCCGCCAUGCUGGUGCCCGUCUUCACGCUCAAGCUCAGUCACAAAAUCCUGCCCCGCAUGGUGGCGCUGGGCAGGUACGACGGCACCCACCCCUGCCUGACGGGGGCCACGCAGGCCGGCAAGGUGUUUAUUCAUAAUCCUCAUGUACGUGGUCAACACAUCAGUGCCAACCGUUUGGUGUUUAGUGCCCAGGACUCUGACGUUUCUCUUCUGAACAUUAAUGAGGCAGUCACUUGCUUGACAGCAGGGGUCCUGAACCCCACCCUCGGCUACGAUUCCCUUCUGGUUGGCACACAGACCAGUUUGUUAGCAUAUGAUGUGCACAACAACGCUGACUUGUUUUACGAAGGAGUUCCAGAUGGGGCCAAUGCGGUAGUGCUCGGAACAUUAGGAGACAUUUCCUCACCUCUUGCUAUUAUUGGUGGCAACUGUUCCCUGCAGGGCUUCAAUCAUGAAGGGAAAGACCUUUUCUGGACGGUCACCGGUGACAAUGUUCAUGCGCUGGCAUUAUGUGACUUUGAUGGUGAUGGGAAAAAUGAGCUUCUUGUCGGAUCUGAUGAUUUUGACAUUAGGGUUUUUAAAGAAGAUGAAAUUGCGGCAGAAAUAGCAGAGACCGAGACUGUCACUGCACUAACCUCGAUGUCUAGCUGCCGAUUUGGCUAUGCCCUUUCCAACGGGACAGUGGGGGUUUAUGACAAGAUGGCUCGCUACUGGAGAAUCAAAUCUAAAAACCAGGCUGUGAGCAUACAUGCGUUUGAUGUCAACUGUGAUGGUGUGAAUGAACUGAUUACUGGUUGGUCCAAUGGAAAGGUCGAUGCACGCAAUGACCGAACUGGAGAGGUCAUCUUCAAGGAUAAUUUUUCUUCCUCCAUUGCUGGAAUAGUGCAGGGAGAUUACCGAAUGGAUGGUAACACCCAGUUAAUCUGCUGCUCAGUUGAUGGGGAAGUGCGAGGAUACCUGCCAGGAAGCCAGGAGAGUAAAGGAAGCUUUGCGGACACUGCUGCGGAGCAGGACCUGGUCAGAGAGCUUAGCCAGAAAAAACAAAAUCUGCUGCUGGAGUUACGGAACUAUGAAGAAAAUGCAAAGCAAGUGGAACUGAACACUCAAGUGACUGAGCUGGACGGGCAGAGGGGUGUGAUUCCAGCUAACACGCAGCUCCAGACGACGCUCACGUUGAACCUGGGCUCAGACAGUCAACCUGCUCAUGUUGAGCUUUGCAUUGCCACGUCCAAUGACACGGCCAUCCGAGCAGCACUGAUCUUCGCAGAAGGAAUAUUUGAAGGCGAGAGCCAUGUGGUUCAUCCGGGACUUCAGAAUGUCUCAAGUCGCAUCAAAGUUCCUCUCACCCCUCCCAAAGAUGUCCCAGUGGAUUUGCACAUCAAGGCCUUUGUGGGCUAUAAGAACAGCCUGCAGUUCCAUGUGUUUGAGCUCACAAGACAACUCCCUCGCUUUGCCAUGUAUACGCUCAGCAACCCAGACUCUGCUCCCGAGCCUAAGAGCUUCGUAAAAUUCACCAUCAGUGAGAGAAUACAAAGGGUUGUCAUGUGGGUGAACCAGAGUUUCUUGUUACCAGAAGAAAUGGAGACCCAGAGCACGUCAUUUCAAGUAUGCUUCACCUCUCUGCGUAAUGCCAGGCAGCUGCGCAUCAGCAUCAAGGCCAGUGGGGAGAUUUCCAUUAACACUGAUGACAUUGACCUGGCUGGCGACAUAAUCCAGUCGAUGACUUCCUUUCUGGCAAUAGAGGACUUGCAGGUGGAGGCAGAUUUCCCAGCAUAUUUUGAGGAGCUACGCAAGGCGCUGACCAAGGUAGAUGAAUCUUAUUCCGUAUGUCAGAAGCUCACAACUAACAUGGCUGACAGCUCUAACCUCAUCCGCAGCAUGCUUGUUCGAGCAGAAGAUUCUCGCCUCAUGGGUGACAUGAAAAACAUGAAGAUGCGAUACAUGGAGCUGUACAAUCUCAACAAAGAUUUGCUGUCAGAGUAUAAAAUCCGUUGCACCAAUCACACAGAGUUCUUAAAUAACCUCAAGGCAAUAAACCAAGCUAUCCAAAGGGCAGGGCGCCUACGGGUUGGUAAACCCAAGAUGCAAGUGAUAGCUGCUUGUCGGGACGCUAUCAAGAAUGACAACAUCAACAUGCUGUUCAGAAUCAUGCGCGUGGGGACAGCCUCCUCUUGAGCAGAAAUGAGAUGAACAAUUUCGGAUGAUCUUUGCAAUAGGCCACUAAGCCAGAGAUAUGGUAGCAGCAGGCAGAGCGUCGCUUGCCCUGUCAGAUCAGCCCCAGCAGCUGCUUAGUAACCAGCGCCCUAGUUCAGAGUAGGAUGUGUGGCUAUCUGGUGUGGUGCACUGCCAAGGGGCAAUGGUUAUUUUUCUCUAAGGGAUAUGGAGGCAAUAAAUACAGACAUGGUGGAAGGGAGAGAUUUUAUGGAGUAGCUUAAGUAGUCUGGAGAAGAGUCAGUGCAAGAAAAUAAUAUGCUUAUUCCCGUUCAACUUUCAGGAGCCCCUGGGAAAUCUUCUUUCCAGCACCAUUUGUGAGUUCUUUGCCUCCACGUGUAUACCCUUUAGAGGAAAAGCACUGUGACCCCUCUACAAAACAUGUGGUCAGUUUUCUAUAUAAAACCUGACCUGAAAAGCUUGAACUGAAAUCAAGGUCCUUCUGUAAGAAUCGAGCACUAGUUUUUAAGAUUCCGAAAAGCCAAGAAGCCCAAUAGAAAGGCCCAGAAUCUAAGAGAAGGGCAUAGUAGCAGCUCAGAUGCUUAGAGCCAUGUACAGUCUUUCUAUUUUUAGAAUCAACUGUGUUUUGUAGCAGUUUCUUUUUUCAAUAAAACAAGACAGACCUCA